AUGACUGUGACUGAUGCGUAUGAUGCGACUAUUGCCCAAAAGCUUAUACAUGAAUUACACGAGUAUGUAACAUCGCAGCUGACAACAGUUCAUCUAUUGAAACCAACUAAGCGCUUGCAGCGGCUGUUGAAUGAAGCACAAUCGCUAUUAAUUGCAACAAAAUUAUUCAAUGAAUAUAUAACGUACACACAGACGAAACAAUUGUUCCAUCGUCUUCUAUUGCCUCCUGGUAUAACCGAAGAACAGCUGGUACAAUUCAUGUUACCAAUUCGAACAUUAGCCCAGCAUUUGCCUGAUAUUGAACUAGUCGUAUUUUUUGAUGAGUUCAGUACAUCAUCGUGUUUAGGGUUAUUUCAUGAAAUGUUCAUAGAUCGGACGAUUCAUGGACAACCACUAGCAGAUAAAAUCUUUUUUACAGCCGCAAUUAAUCCAUACAUAAGUGUAGCGAAUGCCAACAGCAACAAUAAGAAUAAUGACGAUUCAAUUGCACACCGUCUAGAUUACUUAGUUCAUCAAUUAUCUCAAUCACUGGAACACCUAAAAUGCCGUUAUGGUACUCUAUCCAAUAGUCAAUUGCAUGAUCAUAUCAAACAAAAAAUCCAGAUGUUUCAGAAAAACGAAAAUAAACAACAGCAGAUGCCGUUGGACAGCUAUGUUCAAGAAACUGUUUGUGAUGCUAUAUUAAAUGCACAAGACGUUUAG